AUGGGUCAUCCUGGAAAAGUGAAAAUUAUUUUCGAUAACGGAAAAACAAUCCAAUACUACAAUCAUUAUGCUCAUUGGACUGUUUUAGGGUUUUUUCUCGUGCGAGAUAUUCGGAUUUUGUUAUCUAAACAUCAAACCAAUGGCAAUUCACCUUCCUCAGCUAUUCCACAAAUUGUUGAAUUGUUGAAGAAUAUUAAAGUGGUCGAGGAAUCAUCAACACCAACCCCUGAAGAGAUUGAAAAAUUGAAACAGUAUGCUGAUCUACGAGUAUCAAGAAGAAGUUAUGAAGACUGGUAUUGCCUUCUUAACAAGACAUUUGAUUCAUUGAUUUCUGUGAUUGAGUGUGGAUAUGUGCUCGAUCAUCCUUACUCCCAAGAUUAUAAUUUCAUAAUUGAUUUUGAUAAAGAUAUGUUCAAGAUUGAGGCACAGUACGAAAAAUUGAACGACAUUACGUUUAAAUUGACAAAUAUUCCCGAAGAUUGGAUGGCUCAAAUGGAAUACAAGGAGGUUAACGAAAGAAUUCAGUAA